UUCGCAUGGUUCCGUUGUUAUGCUUCUGCAAACAUUUCUCAGUUUUGAGUUAAGAACGGAGAUAGCUUUGUGUGUGUUACCUUGAGACUUGAGUAGCUUAAUUAGUGAAGAAGCUUCUCGCUCUACUGUUCUUAUUGUUUGAUUGAUGUUGAAUUUACGGGUUAAUCGGCUUCUCCGUAGACCCUUAAUCCGAGUUUUACCUUGCUCAAUCUCUAACGACGAUGCAUCUUUCUCGUCGGAAACCCCUGUCUUUAAUCAUGUUCCGGAGAUAGGAGGAGUUUCCUGUCAAGAAGAUGACCAUUUAGAAGAGUUCAGUCAAUUGGGUUUCGGAAAGUCAUCAGCUUUGAAUGCUACGAACGUUAGCGAAGCUGGAUUUGGGGACAUUCAAAACCCUAGGUUUGAUGAGGUAGAUGAAUUGGGAGAAGAAGAAGAAGAAGAAGUAGAUGAAGGUGGUGGGACAAGUGGCGAAGAGCGUGAUGAUGGUUUCGCUGUUCUGAAAUCGGUUGGGAAGAUCCCACAAUCACGAGAAGACGUUGGUAGAUUCAAUGUCCAAGAAGAUGAAUCUAGGCAUCCUUUGGUGAGAGAGAUAGGUAGAUUGAUUGGCCUCAGGUCAUCUUGGAACCCGAAGCAUGAAGCCCAGAUGAGGAAUCUUUUGAGGAGCCUUAAACCAUCACAAGUCUGCGCUGUUUUACGCUCACAAGAAGAUGAACGGGUUGCUCUUAAGUUUUUCUACUGGGCGGAUCGUCAAUGGCGGUAUCGCCAUGAUCCCAUGGUGUAUUACUGUAUGCUUGAGGUUCUUAGUAAGACUAAAAUGUGUCAAGGUGCUAGGAGAGUGCUCGUUCUGAUGAGACGUAGAGGUAUAUAUCGAAGCCCUACAGCAUUUUCGUUUGUUAUGGUAUCAUAUAGUAGGGCAGGUCAGCUGAGAGACGCGUUGAAGGUGUUGACUCUUAUGCAGAGAGCUGGAGUUGAACCUGACUUGUUAAUUUGCAAUACAACUAUUGAUGUUUUCUUGAGAGGGAAUAGGUUGGAGAAAGCUUUACGGUUUCUCGAACGUAUGCAGGUUGUUGGUAUAAUGCCAAAUGUAGUGACUUAUAAUUGUAUGAUCAGAGGUUAUUGUGACUUGCAUCGAGUUGAGGAGGCAAUUGAGCUACUAGAGGAUAUGCCUAGUAAAGGAUGUUUGCCGGAUAAAGUUAGUUACUAUACCAUAAUGGGCUAUCUUUGUAAAGAAAAACGGAUUGUGGAAGUGAGAGACUUGAUGAAGAAAAUGGCAAAAGAACAUGGUUUGGUUGCGGAUCAAGUCACUUACAAUACUCUAAUUCAUAUGCUCACAAAACAUGAUCAUGCAGAUGAGGCUCUUUGGUUUCUAAAUGAUGCUGAAGAAAAAGGUUUUCGGAUUGAUAAGGUGGGCUAUAGUGCUAUAGUCCAUGCAUUGUGCAAAGAGGGAAGAAUGUCUGAGGCUAAAGAUCUCAUUAAUGAAAUGCUAUCGCAAGGACAUUGCCCUCCGGAUGUAGUAACAUAUACUGCAGUUGUCAAUGGCUUCUGUCGUUUGGGUGAGGUGGACAAAGCAAAAAAGCUUCUUCAGGUUAUGCACACACAUGGACAUAAACCAAAUACUGUGUCAUACACAGCUCUGUUAAAUGGGAUGUGCCGUACAGGGAAAUCGUUAGAGGCAAGAGAAAUGAUGAACAUGAGCGAAGAGCACUGGUGGAGUCCAAAUUCGAUUACUUAUAGCGUAAUUAUGCAUGGGUUGCGAAGGGAAGGGAAACUGUCUGAGGCCUGUGAUGUGGUGAGAGAGAUGGUACUAAAAGGUUUUUUCCCUGGCCCAGUUGAAAUCAACUUAUUGCUCCAGAGCCUUUGUCGGGAUGGGCGAACACAUGAGGCCAGAAAAUUCAUGGAGGAGUGUCUGAACAAGGGUUGUGCCAUUAAUGUCGUGAAUUUCACUACAGUGAUUCAUGGUUUUUGUCAGAACGAUGAGCUAGAUGCUGCUCUCUCAGUGCUUGAUGACAUGUACCUGAUCAACAAACACGCAGAUGUCUUCACAUAUACUACUUUAAUUGAUACGUUGGGAAAAAAAGGUAGAAUAUUAGAAGCAACGGAGCUUAUGAAGAAGAUGCUUCAUAAAGGUAUAGAUCCUACCCCUGUUACAUACAGGACUGUCAUCCAUCGAUACUGUCAAAUGGGAAAAGUUGAUGAUCUUGUGGCUAUACUGGAGAAGAUGAUACUGAGGCAGAAAUGCAGGACAGUUUAUAAUCAAGUCAUUGAGAAGCUUUGUGGUCUGGGAAAGCUCGAGGAGGCAGAUAAACUUUUGGGAAAGGUUCUGAGGACAGCUUCAGUAUCUGAUGCUAAGACAUGUUAUGUACUUAUUGAAGGCUAUCUUAAGAAAGGUGCGCCUCUGUCAGCAUAUAAAGUGGCCUGUCGGAUGUUUAACCGCAAUCUGGUACCUGAUAUUAAGAUGUGUGAGAAGCUUAGCAAAAGACUGGUUCUAGACGGAAAAGUAGAGGACGCAGAUCAGCUAAUGUUACGUUUGGUUGAGCGUGGUCAUAUUUCACCCCAAUCCUCAAAACAGUCAAUGGUCUAUCACAGUCUCCAGAUCCCAAGCAAAGGAACUAGGGUCUCACUCCGUUAGCGGUGAUGGAUUUCUUUGUUGAUGCUCUUGCCGCCUCUUGGCAUGAGGAAACCAGUUUGAGCAGAAACCAGUUAUUCUAUAUCACAUUUUCCUGGUAGCAGCCUGUUAUUCUCAAUACUUCUACUCAUUAAUUUCAUUACUAAUGACUUGACGAAACUAAGAAAUGACAUUUCCCGAAAGGAAGAAGGUGGAAUGAUUUUUCCUUUCUGCAGGAACCAUAAUUAAGUGCACCAUACAAUCAAGUACUGAUAAGUCCCUGUGCUCUACGCUUUACUUAAAUUAACGCCACGGUUGGUUCUUUGCGUUUGCGUUUGUGUUUCCAUGUUACCAUGAUUAGAACAUUAUAACAUAGAUAAGCAAACAGAAACAGAAAGAAACAAUAGUGACCUAAAUUAUGUCUCUCUCUAAAUUUUAUUUUACUUUAUAGCAAAUUAGAGGUGUUUGACACUUGACAGGUCGUACAAUGCUUAGUAUACCUCACUGUUUAUAGAUCAUUUUGAUUAUUCUGGGGAGUGAUUUCAUCAUAGAGCAUGAUGUUUUCGUUGGUCGCUGCUUCAUAAUUAGAAUACGGAAAGAAACAAAAGCAAAUAGAAAAAAGUUGUCCAUGCAAAUGAGAAGGCGUGACUGUAUUACAGUAACACUAAGAGUUUUUAUUCUUGUAGGAUUUUCACUUUCUCUGAAUGCAUAUGAUAAUUAUAUUAUCAAUUAUGAGAAGAAAAAGGAAAAGUUUUGGGACAGACAGAAUUCUAUGGUUAGAAAUACGAUAGAUGACUUAUCCUUGAUGGGGUAUUAAUAAAGAUAUCCAUUAUUUCUUGUAUUUGGUAUAGUGAAGCUGAUAGCUUACUUAUUGCAUUAACUCUCUCUGUCUCUUUCUUUCUUAUUGUAUUUUAGUUGAUUUUUGUAUGUUGUACUAACGCGGAAUUAACUCGUCGAUCAUUGCUUUUUUUCGUGUGAUCCUGGUGAUGUUAGAGAUACUUAUCAAAUAAUAUUUCCACGAUAAUGCCUGCAUCUUGGCUGAUUCUGAUAGUAAGCCAAAGCUAGAAACUGUUGCUGGGAAAGAUUUGACUUAUCUACAGGAUUCUACCUUCGAAUUUAUGAUAUUUUCAUCAACACUUAACAGUAAAUGCCACUGGAGCUUCAUAGGAUCUUUACUGGAGCAUCAAAGGAUCUUUAUUGCUUACAUGCGACAGAGCGAGAGAUGUUUUAUGACUGUACACUGCGCAGGUUGGCAAAAUGGAUGAAUACAAGUGAUUACACUUUAGGUUAAGCAAGAGAGUCCUGCGGUUAGGAUUUUCAGCCUUGGAAGCUAAGAGAACAUACAAAAAGCUCGUUUAACUUAUGCUUAAUGUAUAAACAACAUUGGUGAAUCCUUCAUUACAUCUCCAUGAAUUAUACAGCCUCAUUGUUGAGAUGGGUCGUUCGCAUUACUGAAGUCACCCGCAACGAAUCCAUGCCAUUGGCCUGAUGAGUAAUUUUGCAUUGUCAAAUCACCCUGCAACAAAACACCACGAGUCCUUCCACUCUGCCCCAUCUCCUCAACUCAUGGGAAGAAAGCAUAUAGUCUAACAUGGAAACAUAGUUGAUGAAGGUCUUCCAGGUGAUGCAUUGUUGGCCGCCUUAAGAGCUGAUUCGCUUGUCGAUUAGCCGAGUUAGUUGUGGAGCGGUGUCAUAGCCUUGAUUCGACCAUUGUGGUUUGGAAAGCUAGUCGAACGAGGAUUCACUGCAACUUACUUACUGAACUAAGCCUCACAGCAGUGAAAAUAUUUCCUUUUGAGUCUCUACCAGUGUUAGUUGACAAUACUUCUAAUUUGUUUGAUAUGCUUAUACUUCUUAUUUGUUCGUUCAUUUUACUGUUUUAAAAAUUGUGUUAAUGGACCACUAAGAUUUUUCAUUCCUUUAUAGAAAAAGGAGAUUUGAUC